CCAACAUGAUGUCUUACAGCUGUAAAGUACUUUUUUAUGUCCUGAUCUCCGCCAGACUGAUGGUUCCUCUGGAUGCUGAUGAUGAUGAAUGCACAACAGAUCUAAAAGUUCGUCGGAAUACAAUUUAUAAAGUGAAUCUUGGAGAACAGCUCAGGAUUGAAUGUCCAGUUAAGUUCUGCAACAAUUUACCACCAACAAUCUGCUGGACUAAAGUUAAGGAAGAACUUAUUUGUCUCAAUGACAACAAUACCAAUCACAUCAAGACAGAAUGGAAAAUAUCAUAUCCGUCAGAAGGGAUAUUCUACUUGGUAUUUCAAAGCAUCAUCAUGAGUGAUUCAGGUGGAUAUUACUGUAAAGGUGGAGGCAGUGUGAGUCAUAUCAUCUACAUCAAUGUUGAUGAUAUGGGCACAAAGGACACACGUAAACCAAUAAUCAAUGACACAAACGACCAAUCCGAAACUGAACCAGCAGACAGAUUUUUGUUGUAUAUGUACUCUGCUGCUGGGAUUGGUUCCUUYGUCAUCAUAGUGAUUAUUAUUUCUGUGAUAUUCAUGCGAGGGUGUAAAGGGAAGUCAAGGAAAGAGAAACAAAAAGAAAAUCAGGCUGAGCGAGCCAUGACAAAUGCCGCUGGGAUCCAAUUCUCCCCCAGAGGAAGUCAGGGGAAUGUAAAGCAGGCAGAGGAACUCAGUUCUGUUGUGUACAUGGUCGGCCAGGAAGGGAAGCUCUCCGGUCGCUGA